CCCAACCCUAAACCCCCGAUCCCCUUCUCCCAGCCCCGCCGCCAUGUCCACGCCGCCGCCGACGACCAUCCCCGACGAGCUCCUGGAGGAGAUCUUCCUCCGCCUGCCCACGCCGGACGCGGUCGCGCGCGCCUCCGCCGCCUGCACAUCCUUCCGCCGCGUCAUCAAAGCCCGCGCCUUCCGCCGCCGCUUCCGCGCGCUGCACCGGCCUCCCCUCCUCGGCUUCAUGGACGCGGUCGGAUUCCACCCCGCCCAGGCUCCGCACCCCUCCGCUCCGCUCGCCGGCGCCCUCGCCCCCCGCGCCGCCGAUUUCUCCUUCGUCCCGGCCGUCGUUUCUUCUGCCUCCUACUUCGUGCCGCGGGGCGUCCAAGAAGACGACGGGGAAGGGCCCCGCUGGCGCCCCUGCGACGUCCGCGACGGCCGCGUCCUCCUCGAUUGGAGAUCCCUCCGCCCCGGCCUCGAGGUCUCUGGAGUAAGCACCCUCAUGGGCUCCAGGGAACUCGUUAGACGCAAACUCUGUGUCCGCCCCAAAUGGUGCAACGCCGCCGACUUCCACCUUGCCGUCUGUGACCCCCUGUCCAGCAGAUACGUGCUGCUUCCAACAAUACCUCAGGACCUCGCCGCCCAGCCGCAGGAUCUCCUUUGGGAAUUCCUGCCCGUGCUUGCUCCCUGCACCGGCGACGACAGCGAGGAAGAGCCCUUCAAGGUGAUAUGCAUAGCAAGAUACCGAACGAAGCUCGUCCUCUUUGUAUUCCCGUCCACAACUAGGCAAUGGUCUAUGGUCGAGUCCCCCAUUUCCCCUUCUUUGUACGACAUGUCCUCUUUUGACUAUGUGCGGGGCUCAUUCUACUGGACAGAGCCUUAUGAUUUGAGUGACCAUUUGAUGGUGCUGGACACCCGCACUUUGAAGUUUUCCACUGUCGGCCUUCUCACCGGUUACCAUAUGGAGAUCAGAGGUCUGCCUGGCCAGAGCUUUGAUGAUCUUCGCCCAAAUGCUGUUGUGAUGGGCCGAGAAGGAACCCUUGAGAUGUUUUCUCUUGUCUGUCAACAAGGGGCCUUUGCUCUCUACCAUACCUCUCUGCAGAAUAAUUCACAGGAAUGGAAGCUAGAGAAGAUUAUACAGCUGCCUGGGCAGUAUCAUGACUAUUCCAUUUCCACAGUUGGUGCAGCCGAGGGAUUCUUGUUCUUCCGGGGCGCUCCAGAUGGUAUUCCUAUUGAGAAUGUGGAUUGUUACUCAUUGGAGGUCAAGACUUAUGAAAUUACCAAAGUCUGCACAAAGAGGGAGAAUACCUACAAUCCCAGACGUGCCCUCCCCUACUUUAGCUUCCCACCGCUGUUAUCGGAACCAACCAUCUGAUCAACUGAUCUGAGCUCGCUGGCUUUGUCUUGCUUCGGCCAUACAUCUGGAGUAGGAUGGCGGAUGUUCAAGAUGGUGCUUAUGUAGUCUGAUAUGUCCGUAUUAAGCGUCGUGUGCAUGUAAGCAGCGUACGCUGUCGGCAAGUUGAGUUUGACCAGCACUGAUGUGCAAGACUUGGGUUUAUGUUGUGUAGUGAUGUUUGUGUUGGAAGACUUGGGGGGUUUAUGUUCCCUCUUUCAAUCUAUGUACUUAGUCUAGAUGAUUAUCAGUCAUUGAGGGAACUUAGUUUUUAUCCACAUGAUGAGUGGAGUGGAUGAGUUAGUUAAGUUCUUUUAUUAAGAUGCUUCUGAUGAGUUCAA